AUGCUUUCUCAAAGAGUUAAACCGAGUACAAAUAAUGUGUUUCAUUUCUUUGAAUACAGACAAUUAGAACAAUUUCAAAAUGGACGAUUUGAUGGAAUUAUUAAUUUUGGAGAUGACAAACUUGCUAUUAAAGUAAAUCAUAAUUCAUAUUCAACUAUUAGAAUAGAAACCACAAGUACAUAUUUAUAUAUUCCUGUUUCAUUUGAAAGUGUUUAUGGUAAAAUUGAAGAGUAUUGUUAUCUUUCUCCUGAUCAUAUUAUUUCUGUUGAAACACAAAAUAAUGAUCCGUACACGAAUAAAUUAGUUAUUUAUUGGGAUGUUGAAAGAAAUGGAAAAAGUGAAAUAAUUGAUGUUGGGAAUAAAAUUAUUUCUAUCGCAGCACAUGAUGGUAGAAUUGCUGUAAGUGUUGAAAAUAUUGGGAUAUUAUUAUAUGAAAUAACAGAUGUUGUAAGGUUAAUUGCUAAAAUUCAAUGUAAAGGGGGAAUAAUUAAAAUUCAUAGAGAUUAUAUUAUCAAUUAUGUUGAUCACAUUGUUACAAUAAUGGAUAUCAGAAUUGUUAGUAGAACAGAGUUUUUUGAUAAUCUUGGAGAUCCUAUUAUUUCUGAUACCAAAUAUAGAUGGAAUGCUGUUGAUAUAGAUGUUGAAGUAUAUGGUGAAAAACAUAUCACUCAUGCAAUGACAUUAAUGCAAGAACGUAUGAUUGGAUUAGACACUACGGUAUUUAUUCCACAAAGAAUAGAAGAAAAAGAGGAAGGAGUUAGAGUUGUUCUUGGUUCACAAAACAAACUUGAAGUUUACUACAUUUCAUAUAAUAAUUCUGAUUUAAAAAUUACAAUGAUUUCAUCAUAUAAUUUCACACAAACAAAAGAUGAUAAUAAAGGGAAAAUAGUUGCUACUCCAUGUCAUGUUUUAAGACUUCAUCAAGAAAAUGGAAUGAGUGCUAUUGAUAUUUAUCCACUUAGGAAAUAUUUUUCUAAUCAAUUUGAAGCAGAUAUGGGAAAGAUUAAUGAAUUUAGAGUUGGAGAUUCUACUACAGAUCUUCCUUGUAUGUCUAAGAUUAAUCUUCCAGGUAUAACUGAUUUAGUUGUUGUAAAUCAUAAAGUAGUUAUUGUAAGAAGUAUUGGACCAGAAAGAAAUGGUAUUACAGAUCAUUCAUUCAAUGAAGUGUUUAUAUUAGAACCGUUAGUUGUUCGUCUAUGUCAAGAAAUUAAAAAUGAUAUGCAAAGAACAAUAACUCAGUUAAAUAAGAACCAAGACACAUGUGCAAUUCAAAUUGCUAUUUCUUAUAAAACAUAUUACGAGUUAAGUGUUAUUCUUGAAGCAUAUAUUAGUGAUAUACAUCAUUUUAUUAGAAGGAAAAACAAUAAUUGGACUGAUUUGUAUUGGAGAGAUGUUAUGAGUGAUGAGGCUAUAGUUGUUAAAGAUACAUUAAAACAACUAUAUUCUAUUAUUGCAGAAGAGUUAUUAGAUUCUAAGAAAGGAGAAUUAGCAGCGUAUUAUUUCUCUAAAGCAAAUACAUCAUUUAGUCAUGUUGUAGAUCGGUUUAUUAUUUGUGAAGUAAAGAGUUGUAUUAAUCUUUACUUUGAUGAAAUAUUUUUUAAGGCAAAUAAAGAAACAGGAGCAACGUUAAUGGCAACAGAAUAUGAUAAAGUUUUUAGAUUACUUGAAAAUGAUCCUGAGAAAUUUAUUGAAAUAACCAUUCAACCAGCAUUUCAAGAUCAUGCUAAAGAAUUAAAUUCAUUACUUGAAUUAGGAAAACAAAGACAGAAAAUUAAAGGAAUUAUUUCUCAAAAAAGAAAAGGAACUAAAGAACAAGAAGCAGCUUAUUAUCUUGAAACGUGUUGUGUUUAUGCAGAAUAUAUAUUGAUGUUACAUGAACAACCUCAAGAAGCAACUAAAAUAGAUAUCUUUAAAGAAUUAAAUACUCGAGGAAGUAAAUCAUAUGAGUAUGACGUUAUUAAUAAAUAUAAAUCUAUUUUAUUUGAUACAAGAGGUGGAAAAGUAGUCAAACAACCAAUUGUUAAUGUUAUUGAAAAUAAUAGACCAUUAUUAUUUAUUGCAUUAAUGGAAUCAGAUAUUGAAUUGUCACAAAAAUAUAUUGAUUCUCAACCUACUUGUGAAGUAAUAAAACUAGCUGCUUAUGAACAUUUAUAUAAAGAAAAUAAAAGUUAUGGAAAACAAUUAUUAGAAAUAUAUUUAAAAUUAAUCAAUUCAACUUUAGAAUACCCAAUGCAUGAAACAUUAGACAAGAAAUAUAAAGUAAUUUUUGAACGUAGUUUAAAUGAAAUUAAUUGUCAAGUACCAGAAUGGAUUCCAAAAGAAUUAUUGACAAAUAUUUUUAUAAAAAAAAUUAUUUCUUUAUUAACUCAAGAACAUAACCUCCAAUGCAAUAUCAAUUCUAUUAAUCCUCAACUUCAAUUUAUUGAACGUUAUGCUGUUAGGAAAAUCAAUUGUGGUGAAUUCAUUAAUUUCCUUCAUUUACAUUAUAAAGGUGUAAUUCUUGGAUAUAUACGAGAAUUAUUUAAUGACCAACAAGCACUAGAAAAAAUUGCAAUUGAAGCACUAACUUAUGAAGAUGAUUUGAGGGAUACAAUCUUCGAUUUAAUUUCAACUCAUUUAUCUAUCAAAUCUUUUUGUUCUAUUGCAGCUCAUGCACCAACAAUAGACUUAUCUCCAUUCCUCCGUAAAUGUAUUGGAAAUUCAUUUUAUAAUAAACAUCUCAUUGACCUUUGUGAUGCUUUUCCAAAAGAAUAA